AUGGAGAGUGCCAAAGCUAGGGAACAGAUGAAACUGGCAGAAGGUUUGUCUAAGAAGUUUGAAAUCAUUAGAGUUAGAAAUGAAGAGCUCAAGAAAGAAGCUGAAUUGCAGAGCGCUAGGAGCAAAGUAAAGUUUGAUGAAAACUCAGCAAAACUGGACGAGAAGAUGAGGCUCCUUGAGAUGAAUAAGAAAAAAGCCAUGGAAUGGAAAUCUCGUGUUGAUGAUUUGACUCGGCAGUUGCAGGAGUCACAAUUAGUGACUGAGGGUUUGAAAAAACAGGUGGAUGAGCUUUCUCUAUCUCGGAACUCGAAUCGCACUGUUUCUCCUCAUGAAGCCAGAGAUCUGGAAAAGGCUAAAAUGAGGCUUUUGAAAAAGGAGCUGAAGUUUGCCAAGAAACGUGAAAAGCACUCCAAUGAAGUGGCUGAGUUUGAAAAAUAUCGAAGGGAGUUUCAGGCAGAAGAGUUCAGUCGUUUAAAACUUGAGUUCGGUGGUUUUACAAAUCGUAUGAAUCGUCUGGGUGAGUAUUUUUCAAGAGACGUUGAAGGUACAGCUGCUCUUGCAAAGGUGGAAGGCCGCAUGAAACCUCCGAAGAACCGUAAUGGUGAAAAGAAUUCUGGCGCAAGAUGCCAUGUGGGAGCCAAACCUGGUUCUCAGGACCAAGCUUGCAAGUUUUCUACCCAGUUAAUCGCUAAAGCUGGACAGGGCGUGAGUGAGUCUGUCUCAGGUCCUAUUUCUCAAUUGGGGUCUCCUACUGGAGGGUCUAGAGAGUUACAGACUUCUGGUGUAAUUUCCAGCGCAACAUCUUUUUCUAAGGGGCAGUUACUGGCCUCACAGGGAAGAGAGCAGUUCGCUUUGACUACUUCAGCAGAAAUAGCAAAAGAUAAGCCGAAUAUCCAACCAACAAAACCAAGUAUGUUUCAGAAAGUCGAUACAAGGAAAAAUGGAAAUCUUUGUUUGGUGGCUGAAAACUGUGUUCAAAGCGGUCAAAAAGAUAGGCAUGAGGUAGUUAAUGAGCACUCUCGAAAAAGAAAAAGAUUGUCAGAGGCAAUAGUGUCUCGUAAGCAUCUGUCAUCUGAUGAUAAAAAGAAAAAUCUGCAGAUUAGAGAGCAGGCGGGUGCCUUGCAGUCUAAGGUAGUAGAAACUGGGUAUAGGCCUUUAAGAGAGAAAGGAACUUUGGUUUCUUGUGAGAAGAAGACAAUAAUGCAGACGCAAGGUAAUAAAGCUGGAAGUAUACAUGAGGCUGAGAAAACUAUUUGCCUCUCUACUGCUAAAGAACAUGCUGCAGCAACAUUAUUUCCGGAAGACCUUGCUGCUAUAGAUUAUAUGAAGUUGCUGGAGUUAGAUAAUCCGGAAGAAGAAAGUUAUUACCAGAUGGCAAGAGAAAAUCUUCUGUCCCCUGAUCUUCCGCAAACAGACUUUUUGGGUGAUGAGAUCAUGACUGAGGACAAAAAUCCUGCUGUGGCUUUUGACUUGGUUGCUUGUACUAGCGUGGAUUUAUGUGAGACCGUAAACUCUAGUGAAGCUCCUAGUUUCAGCACUCCGAAUGCUUCACUAACCGCCAAAAUGCCACCUGAGUCAACGACGUUGCAUGGUCAUAUUCUUAAACACUUUGUUGCGUUUUCAAAUAUUGAAGACCAGAAUAGUAUCAUCAAAAUUCUCCAUGCUGCAAACAGUUGUGUUCAGCGAUGCCCGUCAGUUGUUACAGCACAGUGGGCAGUUCCCUCGAUUUUGUUCUCUUUGAAAAUGGAAGAAAACCUUUUACCACGGGAAAGGGCAUGUGUGUUCCUCUCCUUGCUGCUGCAUAACUUCUCUAUGGUUUCCUCGUUAAAAAUCGGGAACACUCUGGAUGAUGAUUGUUGCUCCUGCUUGGGUUCUUUCUCGAAGCAUAUAUCUCAUGUUAUGGCUGAUACUGAAGCUGGAGGUAUUCUAUCUGGGUUUUUGGAGGAACUCUUUAGCCUUCUUCAGGACCUCCUUUUCGGGCAGAGGGUAUUGUAUUCUGUUAUAUCCUCAGAAACAACUGAAUCUGAUCUAAGCAUCCCUGUCACCCUGAAUGGAGAAAAUGUAGCUCUCUUCAGCGGAGUUGCUCUAAGUGAUCAGUUGGUGGCUGGAAUGGCUAUUUUGGCGGCAAUAUGUACUGUAGUGGACCGUGUUGGACUUAUCCGUGAAGCUUCAUUUGAAAUGCUGCACAAACACAGUCAUGAGAAGUCCUCAGUGCCACUGACCAUUCUUCACGUUUUUGCUUACAUUGCUGGAGAGAAAAUGAUGUCUUCUAGUGAUCAUGGCAUAUCAAUUGCAGUGCUGAAAUCCAUUGUGAUGUUUCUAGAGAACAGACAUUUUGGUACAGUGGAGGGAGAUGCUAAGUUGCACCCAGGCAAUAACAAGUGUCCGUUCUCAGACCAGUCAUCCUCGCUAGAGUCUAUUGCAUCUAUGCUCAUGGAAACUAUUCAGGAGUUCACUCAGUCUAAUACUGUGCAUCAGAGCUUGAUUGAGUUUAGGCCGGCACACAAAGAUUUCCAGUGCGUAUUGGCCAGUGAUCAAAGUGUUACUUUAUGCGACAUUCUGUCAUUGAUGGAGCUUAUUGCUUGUUACACGGCAUGGGAUUGGACUAGUGCAAACAUUGUUUCUCCACUGCUUAAGAUGCUGGGAAUGCCAUUGCCGAUGAACGUUUCUGUUGCAAUAGUCUCUCUUCUUGGGCAGCUUAGCAGUAUUGGAGUGGAUGCUGGUGGCUAUGAAAAUGAAGGAAUAUCAAACUUGAGAGAGAAACUAUCAUCAUUUCUGCAAUGUGAGACGACACUAGAAGCUGGCUUUGCAGUCCAGAUAGCAACUGUGAGCUCCCUCUUGAAGACGCUUCAGCUGGAUCUCGCAAUAGUCUUUCAAGGCGAAACCACCAAGGUUCCGGAUUGUGGCCACCAAAGCUUAUCUGUUCCAGCCAAUAUAGUCACCAAGUGGUUCUCUCUAUUGAGCGACGAACAGCGAGUUUUCGCAACCGAGUUCUUACAAACUUCUGUUGUUAGAUGAUUCCUCAGUUGAAAAAGUCAUCAAAAGCAGUACAAUUUUGGGUUGAUUCUUCUCCGUUGACUGAUGUUUUUUUUGUGUUCAAGGAAGGAGAUAUUAAUGAAGCUUACAUUGAGGUUCCAAUGUUUAUACUUUUGUAUUCUUCUAACCACAUGCAAAGAUUGGUUAUGUCAAGAUUCAAGACAACACAAUCUAAAAGUCUUCCUAUGACAAAACCCAACGAGGUAUCACUUGUAUAGAUUUUAAAACUUUAUAAAAUAUGAAAACCCAUUACAGAUAACGACCUGUCCAACCCAUCAACCAAUCUUUGUCGGAAUACUCUGUUCAUGCCUGAAGAAAUUCUCAGGAUCGAACUCACCCUUAAUCUUCACCAACCUCUCAAAAUUCCCUUUGAAAUACUUACUCCCCCACUCCCUAGCAUCACUCUCUUCCUCGUUCACCCCCAAAUCAAGAUCCCUGUAAUUCACAUACGCACGUCUCGGGUUCUUCGACACAUACUUCUCCAUGUAACUAUACAUCUCCCUCAUCCACUUCAUAUGCCUCGCUUCACCCGCCUUCCCAUCUGACCAAGAAGAUAGCCACUGAAUCUUGAACAAGGUCCCUUUCCUGUGAGGAAACGGUGUCUCUGACUCUGGAAUCCUCGACAUCAUGCCUCCGUAAGGGUUCCAUAUAGUAAGCGGCGAAUCCUCUUGUAGAAGCUUCUUCCAUAGUCCUUCUAAGCCUUCUACAGGUAUGGGCUCUUCCACAAAGUCUGACUUGGCCUUGAAGUAGCUCUUGAAGAGUGAUUUUCCGUCGAGUAAUGCCUCUGGUGCUGCGCUGUUUGGGAAUCCAGCAAUGUACAUUACUGAUCUGAUCCAGCUCGUUUCCAUGCAGUCCUUCUUGGUUAGUCCUAGCUCAGGGAA